GUAUCAACCAAAGUUAUGCUUUACGAAACUGUCUGGUGAAUGCAAGAGAAGAGAAGCAAGAUCCAAUCUUCCAACAGUUCCUCAGGAGGACAAGAAAACCCAACAAACAAUAAAGAAAGAAGAGAGGCAGAGACUCGCAAAUUCAAUUUCUUUGCUAAUAAUAGCAACAAUCAAUACAUCAUCAAGCUUGGCUGGAACAUUUUGAACCUUUUGUCGCAUCUUUGAGAAUGUACACUAAGACCUUCGUGCAUCGAUGCCAUUUUUUAUCGUAUUGAUGAAUCAUUGCGUAUCUUAUAAAAGAAGAUGAAUUAUAAGUUACAAGGGCUUGAAAUCCAGUCUCAACUUGAAAUGGAAUCACUGGACAACAGUUCAAUACAUGAAUUUGAGGAUGAGAGUCUUUUUACUCCGGGGGCUGAGGCUCAAAAGACACAUUCUAUACAAGCAGUGGGGGAAUGCUCAUUUUCACGAGGUUCACAAGCUAGUGGUGAUAAAGUGUGGAGAAAUAUAUGUAGAAGCAUAAAGACUGUAGUUUUCUCAACUAAGCUCAACUUGCUUAUGCCUUUUGGACCUCUAGCGAUAUUUGUAUAUAAGUUAACUGGCCAUAAUGGCUGGGUCUUUUUCUUUAGCUUGUUGGGCAUAACACCUUUAGCCGAGCGUUUAGGUUAUGCUACAGAGCAGCUGGCGUUCUAUACUGGAGCUACUGUUGGGGGUCUUUUAAAUGCUACUUUUGGAAAUGCAACAGAACUGAUUAUAUCAAUUUAUGCACUGAAACGUGGAAUGUUACGCGUUGUUCAGCAGUCAUUGUUAGGUUCUAUUCUGUCAAACAUGCUGCUGGUGCUUGGUUGUGCAUUCUUCAGUGGUGGGCUUGUUUUUCAUGAGAAGGAACAGGUGUUUAACAAGGCAACUGCUGUUGUGAACUCAGGGUUGCUGUUAAUGGCAGUCAUGGGCCUACUUUUUCCAGCUGUUUUGCACUAUACUCACACUGAGGUGCAUUUUGGGAAGUCAGAGUUGGCACUUUCAAGAUUUAGCAGUUGCAUCAUGCUUCUGGCAUAUGCCACAUAUCUUUUCUUCCAGUUAAAGAGUCAAAAGAAUCUGUAUGUUCCUCUAAAUGAGGAAGUGAGUCAGAAUGAAGAGAACUCAGAUGAUGAUGAAGCUCCUGAGAUCUCUAAAUGGGAAUCAAUAAUUUGGCUUUCAAUAAUGACGGCUUGGAUCUCAAUCCUAUCGGAAUAUUUAGUUAAUGCCAUAGAGGGAGCAUCUGUAGCAUGGAACUUGCCAGUUGCAUUUAUCAGUGUUAUUUUGCUCCCAAUUGUGGGUAAUGCUGCAGAGCAUGCAAGCGCGAUUAUGUUUGCCAUGAAGGACAAGCUUGACAUUUCUUUGGGAGUGGCAAUAGGGUCAUCAACGCAGAUAUCCAUGUUUGGGAUUCCUUUUUGUGUAGUUGUUGGGUGGAUUAUGGGGCGCCCUAUGGACUUGAACUUUCAGCUUUUUGAGACAGCAACACUUUUUAUAACUGUCUUAGUUGUAGCCUUUAUGCUGCAGGAUGGAACCUCUAAUUACUUCAAGGGGUUGAUGCUUAUUCUUUGUUAUCUGAUAGUCGCCGCAAGUUUCUUUGUUCAUGUAGAUCCUUCUCCAGCAGAUGAAACACAAUCGAAAACGUAGUUGUGGAAGAUGUUGAAGACGACUAUAAACAGACAAUCGAGUCUAUUCGAGGACCGACUACAUACGGAAUGAGAUGUGAUAUUGGAGAUGAUGCGCAAUUAGAAACAUAGUCCACGAAGCUGCGGGUUGCUCUGCAAAUAAUUUGGAUCAUCAUCCUG